ACAGUACAGUUUUGUAUUCGAUAAUCGGACGCAUUCGAUAAUAAUAUAACUAUAGUUGUGUAUCAGUGGUCUGCAGCAAAACAGCUGGAGUUGAUUUAGACCAAGAUUACAAAAUACAACUUCGCAUUUUCUCAACGUACUGAACAUUAAAGAAUAUAAAUAACAAUAUGCCUGUUGACUGGUUUGGUUAUGUAUACGCUGCCACAGUUGCCGCUGGCGGCAUUAUGGGCUAUGCUAAGGCUGGUUCUAUACCCUCACUGGGAGCAGGUCUUGCCUUUGGCGCUCUAUUGGGUUAUGGCGCUCACAUGAACUCCCAGAAUCCACCUCGCCCUCUGUUGCAAUUGGGAACGUCUUUGUUAUUGGCUGGCAUUAUGGGAGCACGUUGGAAUCGUUCGGGAAAACUCAUGCCAGCUGGAGUUGUUUGCAUGCUUUCUGUGGCUGCUCUGGUCAAGAACUUGGUACAAAAUAAUCGCUACUUGUUGCCAGUGCCUACCAAAGGUACUUAAAAAACGAAAUGUGGAGAAAGUCUGGAUUGCUUAUUAACUUGCCGGAAUAUUCUAAUAGGAUAUAAGAAUAUGUUCUCUCUAUCUUUUUUUGAGAGUCUAAAUGGUAUGUGGGACUUACUAUUAUUACAAAUAAAAUGAGCAAUGCUCUAACGAUAAGAUA